AUGAGUUUCAACAAUCAAAAACAAACUAGAUAUUCCCAAGUUAUUACAGUUUUGGACAAAAAGCCAAUCAAUUUAGAAGCUGAAAAGUAGAAAGCUAUGAUGGAAAGAGAAUAGCUUAUUUAAGAUUUUGAGGCUAAUUACAUUUAUGACUAGAGUGGAAAUUAUAGACCAAAUAUUAGAAUCAAAUAAUAUGUAGAUGGAUCUAAAUAUGAAGGAGAAGUUGUAAAUGAUAAAAGAAAUGGGAAAGGAAUCUACCAUUAUGCAAACUCAGAUAAAUAUAUUGGAGAUUGGAAAGAUGACAAAUUUCAUGGCUUUGGAAUUUACAUCUUUAUGAAUGGAGAAAGAUAUGAAGGUGAAUUGAGAGAGGGUGCUAAGCAUGGCAAGGGAACAUAUAAAUAUGUAAAUGGUAAUGAAUACAAAGGAGAAUGGAGAAAUGAUAGAAAAAACGGGCACGGUAUUUAUGAUUAUUAUAGUACUUAAGAGAGAUACGAUGGAUAAUGGGUUGAUGGAGAGAAACAUGGAUAUGGUAUUUAUAAUUAUGCAUAUGGUGAUAGAUAUGAAGGAAAUUGGAAAGAAGGUGAAAAGUUUGGUAAAGGCAAAUUAGAAUAUGCUUCAGGAGCUAUCUAUGAAGGAGAGUGGUACGGCGAUAAAGCUCAUGGAUCUGGAGUUUUCUUAUUCUAAAAUGGAGACAGAUAUGAAGGAGAAUGGGUAAAAGGAAAGAAAGAGGGAAUAGGUAAAAUAAGUUACACUGACGGAUCGAGAUAUGAAGGCGAAUGGUUGGGCGAUAUGAUUAAUGGACAAGGUAUCUACUACUUUCCUAAUGGUGAUAUAUAUUAAGGAUAAUUUAAAGAUGGGGAAAGAAAUGGAAAUGGAAUUUAUAUAUUCGUGAGCAAAGAUAAGUACGAAGGUGAGUGGCACAAUGAUAAAAAGCACGGCUAAGGUGUUUUAUAUUUUGCAAAUGGUGAUAUUUAUGAAGGUGAAUGGAGUAAUGGUCAUAAAAAUGGUAGAGGAGUUUAUAAAUUUGCAAAUGGAGACAUAUAUGAAGGUUAUGUAGAAGAAGAUAAAAAAUAAGGAAGAGGAAUUUAUAAAUGGAGAAAUAAUACCAGAUAUAAUGGUGAGUGGAAAGAUGAUUUUAUGCACGGAAGAAGUGCAUUUACUCUUGAAGAUGGAAUAACAGUAUAAGUUGAAUUCUAAUAAGAUAGAGUUCUUUCAUGA